AUGAUCUACCUGGUGGACCGAUACGCGAAAGAUGAUGUUGGAGGACAGCUCUACCCGAAAGAUCCACAGAAGCGAGCUGUGGUAAAUCAACGGCUGUACUUUGACAUGGGUACACUGUACCAACGGUUCGGAGAUUACUACUAUCCGCAGAUAUUCGAAGGAGCUGCGGCAAACCCGGAGAACUACAAGAAGAUCGGAGAGGCAUUGGAGUUCUUGGACACAUUUCUGUGUGGUCAACAGCGUAUCGCCGGAGGAAGUUGUCUAAACUCUGGCAGAUUUGAGUGUGCUGGCAACACUGACAACCUUCGAAGUAGCUGGUUGAACCCGCAGCAUACCAUCCCGACCCUGGUCGACAAUGGCUUCUCCCUGUGGGAAUCCCGCGCCAUCAUGGGCUACCUGGUCGAAAAGUACGGCAAGGACGACAAACUGUACCCCAAGGACCCGCAGAAGCGCGCCCUGGUCAACCAGCGCCUCUACUUCGACAUGGGUGUGUUCUACCAGCGCUUCGGAGACUACUGGUACCCGCAGAUCUUCGCCAAGCAGCCCGCCAACCCGGACAACUUCAAGAAGAUGGAGGAGGCCGUCGGCUUCCUGAACACCUUCCUGGAGGGCCACCAGUACGCCGCCGGCGAUGAGCUGACCAUUGCCGAUCUGAGCUUGGCCGCGUCCGCCGCCACCUACGAGGUCGCCGGAUUCGACUUCUCCAAGUAUCCCAACGUGCAGGCAUGGCUCGAACGGUGCAAGAAGAACGCCCCCGGCUACGACCUGAACCAGGCCGGUGCCGAUGAGUUCAAGGCCAAGUUCCUGUCCGGAAUGUAA